AUGUUUCUGUCCAAAAAUUGCAAGAUACUUAUUGACGAAUAUUUGCUACGCGACUUCGCCACGAUCACGUCUCAUGCUGAUAUCAUGGCAGCUAUUCACGUUCAACCCGGCUACUUUCGCCGUUUUUUUCAGCUACCAGAGGUACGCCAGUCGCGUCUCUUCAAGUCUCACGCAAUCUACCGUUUAAUUUCGGCUGAGCCUCUUCACACUGGUGAAAGCUCUGAUGUAUCUUCUCGGUUGUCAACUCGGCUCGACGUCGACCCGCACGACGUUUAUGCCACUUUUACCAGCCUGUUUCCGACGGCUGAUCUACAGGCUGCGGCGAUUCAUAGUGCCGUCAGUGAUCUCUUUUUGAUGAUCUUUGCACCCAGCAUUUACGUUGAUCCGGUCAAGAUCUUCGCUUUACUUCCGGGUCUGCCAAGCCCGAAACGUAUCCGGCACACGCCUUUUCUACUUUGGAGCGACAUCAACUUGCUUUCAAUAGCUCGUUCGGAUGUUUUGCGAAUUAACUUAACGGAUUCUCGCACUCCUACACAUGUCAUCACGGCGCUGACUUACCUCGCCGAUACUACGGUCCCGACUACGGCGGCCAUUGGAACAUCUCGCCUGGUCCGUCCUCACUUCUAG